GAUUCUCGAUUAUUCAGGUCUGCUUUGCCUUUCUCAGCAAUCAUUCUGAUUCUCCCUUUUGAUUGAAUUGUUUGAUAGGUUUUCUGCGUGAUUUUCAGGAAUGUGAGAGUGGUCUUUCAAGAAGCUUUUGUUAAAUCGUCGAGGCUCGUUCCAACGAAUGCUGUACUAUGCUUGAUUUCCAUUAAUGGCGGCACAUUCCUUGACGCGAAAUCUUUGUUCGUCUCAUUUUCAUAUGCAAUCGCAUCGCCCUUCUCAACCAUUGCUUUUCGAAAACUGUUGCGGAUUUCCUAUUUCUGCGGAGCUUGUUCUUCGUAGUUUUCGGAGAAAUAGAUGCAAUCGGUUUGGUCUAAGAGCUUGCGUUCAAUCCCACAAAGAUAACUGCAGCAAUGGUUCGUUGGGAACCAAUGCUAAGGGCCCAACACCUGUUCGUCGUCCACAGGUUCUUAACAAUGUCGAGAUCGAUUUAGUUGAUGGUAUUGAUCGCAGAUAUUCUACUACUGUUCAGGGGGAGCCCCAAUGGGGAAAUCCUUUAACGUUCCAUGAUCUUUCUUCCAGGGGAAAGCUUGUUGUUGCUGUUGACGUCGAUGAGGUUUUGGGGAACUUUGUCUCAGCUCUUAACAAGUUUGUUGCUGAUCGUUAUUCUUCAAAUCAUUCAGUUUCGGAGUAUCAUGUCUAUGAAUUCUUCAGGAUAUGGAACUGCUCACGUGACGAAGCUAAUCAUCGUGUUCAUGAGUUCUUUAAGACACCAUAUUUCAAGGUUGGAAUCUGGCCUAUACCGGGCGCGCAGAGCACGCUUCUCAAGUUAUCGAGAUUCUGUCAUCUGUCAGUCGUAACGUCUCGACAAAAUGCAAUCAAAGAACACACGCUGGAGUGGAUUGACAAGCACUUUCCAGGACUGUUUCAGGAAAUUCACUUUGGAAACCACUUUGCUCUGGAUGGAGUGUCUAGAUCAAAGGAAGAGAUAUGCAAGUCACUUGGAGCAACAGUGCUAAUCGAUGAUAAUCCAAGAUAUGCGAUAGAAUGCGCCAAAGCGGGAAUUCGAGUUCUGCUUUUUGACUAUGAGAACUCGUAUCCAUGGUGCAAGACGGAGACGGAGGAUCUGCCCCCCUUAGUCACAAAGGUUUAUAAUUGGGAAGAUGUGGAGAAGCAAUUAACUUCAUUGGUUCUUUCUUCUUAGGCUUUAGAACAUAAUAUUUGUCACCAGUGUUGUGAUUGACUUGGAAGGAGUUUGUAGACCAACGCCAACACUGGUAACCUAAUAGGAAUGCUGUUUAUUUGCACGAUUCUGGACAAUAUAAUACAGUCUUUGUACUACACAAAGGGCUUGUUUGAGUCUUUGGAAUCGUAAUCUUUCAAUCCUAUGUGAUUAUGAAUAAUUGUGUUUGCAUUUUGCAA